CACCUAUUAUUGCAUGAGGAACCAUGACGACGGGGCAAGAUGAAAGCUCAGUCCGCGUGGCACUGAGGAUCCGUCCCCAGCUGGCCAGGGAGAAGAUCGAGGGAUGUCACAUCUGCACAUAUGUGAUGCCCGGGGAGCCCCAGGUGAUCCUGGGGAAAGACAAGGCCUUCACCUACGACUAUAUGUUCGACAUGGACUCCCAGCAGGACUCCAUUUACGCCACCUGCACGGAGAAGCUGAUCGACGGCUGCUUCGAAGGCUACAACGCCACCGUCUUUGCAUACGGACAGACGGGUUCAGGGAAGACCUACACCAUGGGGACGGGCUUUGAUGUCAACAUCGUAGACGAGGAGCUGGGCAUCAUCCCCCGUGCCGUCCAUCACCUCUUCAAAGGCAUCGAGGAGCGCCGACAAGCCGCCCAGGAGCAGGGACGCCCCGUACCUGAGUUCAAGAUCAACGCCCAGUUCCUCGAGCUUUAUAAUGAGGAGGUUCUGGACCUGUUUGACUCCGCACGAGACAUGAAGCAGAAAUCUCACAUCAAGAUCCACGAAGACGCCACCGGAGGAAUCUACACAGUGGGAGUGACCACUCGGACCGUAUCCUCCGAGGCCGAGAUGAUGCAGUGCCUGAAGCUGGGCGCUCUGUCGCGCACCACAGCCAGCACCCAGAUGAACGUCCAGAGCUCUCGAUCACACGCAAUCUUCACCAUCCAUUUGUGCCAAGUCCGCGUUUGUGCCUCCGACAAUCAAGAAAAUGAUAGCGAUAACCGAGUCUCCAAUGGAAACUCUGAGAUGGACGAGUACGAGACGCUGACAGCCAAGUUCCACUUUGUGGAUCUGGCCGGUUCUGAGAGGCUGAAGAGAACCGGAGCAACGGGCGAUCGAGCCAAAGAGGGCAUCUCCAUCAACUGUGGACUGCUCGCUCUGGGGAAUGUAAUCAGUGCUUUGGGCGACCGCAGCAAGCGGUCCUCUCAUGUGCCUUACAGAGACUCCAAACUCACCCGACUCCUGCAGGACUCUUUAGGAGGAAACAGCCAAACAGUGAUGAUCGCCUGCAUCAGCCCGUCUGACCGGGACUUCAUGGAGACGCUGAACACACUAAAGUACGCCAACCGAGCCCGGAACAUCAAGAACAAGGUGAUGGUGAACCAGGACAAGGCCAGCCAGCAGAUCAGUGCUCUGAGGACGGAAAUAGCUCGACUGCAGAUCGAGCUGAUGGAGUACAAGACGGGUAAACGCAUGGUGGGUGAGGAUGGUAUGGAGAGUUUCAGCGACAUGUUCCAUGAGAACUCCAUGCUGCAGACGGAGAACAGCAACCUGAGGGUGAGGGUGAAGGCCAUGCAGGAGACCAUCGAUGCUCAGAGGGCACGGCUCACCCAGCUGCUCAGUGACCAGGCCAACCAGGCCCUCGCCAGGGCAGGUGAAGGAGGAACAGAGGAAAUUGGAAACAUGAUUCAGGGCUACAUCAAAGAGAUUGAGGACCUCAGAGCCAAACUCCUGGAGAGUGAAGCUGUGAAUGAGAAUCUGAGGAAGAAUCUGUCUCGCGCCUCCACCCGUCAGUCGUUCUACGGAGGGUCCGGCUCCUUCUCCUCCUCCAUGCUGCCCCCUGAGAAGGAGACCUCGGAUAUCAUCGAAAUGGCCAAGAAAGACCUGGAGAAGCUGAAGAAACGAGAGAAGAAGAAAAAGAAAAGCGCCAAUAAGGAGGAAAUCCCUGACAACGAGCAGGAAAAGGGCACAGAGAAAGAAAUGACGGAGCGAGUGAACGAGGACGCAGAUAUGGAGGUCCAGGAGGGCAGCGACCAUGAGGAAGCGGAGGAGGAAGAGGAGGAGGAAGAGGAAGAGAUGGACGUGGAGGAGAGCUCUGAUGAUUCUGACUCUGAGUCCGAUGAGAAAGAGAACUACCAGGCAGAUCUGGCCAACAUCACCUGUGAGAUCGCCAUCAAGCAGAAGCUGAUAGAUGAGCUGGAGAACAGCCAGCGGCGCCUUCACACACUCAAACAGCAGUACGAACAGAAGCUGAUGAUGCUGCAGUGCAAGAUCAGGGACACCCAGCUGGAGAGGGACCGCGUCCUCCAUAACAUGACUUCAGUAGAGAGCGGCACAGAGGACAAGGCUCGCAAGAUCAAGGCUGAAUAUGAGAAGAAGCUGAGCGUCAUGAACAAGGAACUGCAGAAGCUGCAGUCUGCUCAGAAGGAGCACGCCCGCCUGCUCAAGAACCAAUCACAGUACGAGAAGCAGCUGAAGAAGCUUCAGAUGGACGUGGCGGAGAUGAAGAAGACGAAGGUCCGUCUCAUGAAGCAGAUGAAGGAGCAGCAGGAAAAGAACAGGAUGAACGAAUCUCGCAGAAACCGUGAAAUCGCCACCUUGAAGAAAGACCAGCGCAAGCAAGAGCAUCAACUGAAGUUAUUGGAGGCUCAGAAGAGGCAGCAAGAGCUCAUUCUGAGGAGAAAGACUGAGGAGGUGACGGCUCUGAGGAGGCAGGUCAGGCCCACCUCAGGUAAGGUCAUCAGGAAAGUCAACCUCUCAGACUCACUCCAGGACUCCACCCACAGACCUCCAUCUGGACGCAUGUACUCCUCUGGCAACACAGCUCCCAACGGGACUCGUUUGACCUACAGGCGUACAGUGGGUAUUUACUCCACCAGAAUCGCUCGUAAUAAAUGGCAGUCUCUGGAGCGACGGAUCUGUGAUGUCAUCAUGCAGAGGAUGACCAUCUCCAACAUGGAGGCCGACAUGAACCGCCUCCUCAAGCAACGGGAGGAGCUGACCAAGCGUAAGGAGAAGGUCAUCAGGAAGAGGGAGCGGCUGCUCAGGGAGGGGCCAGAGGCAGAGAAGGCGGUGCCUCCCCUCAACGAAGAAGUGGAUGCGUUGACAGCGAACAUCGACUACAUCAACGACAGCAUCGCAGACUGUCAGGCCAACAUUAUGCAGAUGGAGGAGGCCAAGGAGGAGGGAGACACAGUGGACGUCUCUGCUGUGAUAAGUUCUUGUACCCUGGCAGAGGCUCGUUUCCUGCUCGAUCACUUCAUGUCAAUGGCCAUAAACAAGGGUCUGCAGGCAGCUCAGAAGGAGUCCCAGGUGAAGGUGAUGGAGGGCAGGCUGAAGCAGACGGAGAUCACCAGCGCCACACAGAACCAGCUGCUCUUUCACAUGCUGAAGGAGAAAGCCGAGUUCAACCCGGAGCUGGACGCCCUGCUGGGGAACGCUCUGCAAGAGCUAGGUAACAUCCCACCUGAAAAUGGAGAUGAUAGCAGCAGUGAUGAGUCCGCCCAGAGCCCUUCAGCUGAGGGAACCACUUUAGCAUCAGAUCUCAUGAAACUCUGUGGAGAGACCAAAACAAGGAGUAAGGCUCGUAGGAGGACCACCACUCAGAUGGAGCUGCUGUACGCAAACUCUGACUCUGCCCCCGACGCGCCCACCGCAGACUUCUCCAGUCCGAUGCUGCCGUUAGCUGAGACACCAGAAGGGGGAGGAGACACGGACACGUCAGGCUCAUCAGUCAGGGACUACACAGCUCUCUCCCCCGGCUUUUCCUCUAAAAUGGGCAGCAUAACCUCGUCAGUGGUGGAAAGGCGAGCUCCGGAGCCUUCCCCGCUCUCUCGCAGGAAGACCUAUGACAAGGCGUACGCAGCGGCUGACAGGGCAAAGGUCAAGGAGAUUAAACAGGGCGUGAUUAACCCGGUGCCACCCACUAAAAGCAGCCGCUCGGCGACGUUGCAGUGUGUCCAUGUGGCAGAGGGACACAGUAAAGCUGUUCUCUGUGUCGACUGCACUGAUGACCUUCUCUUCACUGGAUCCAAAGACCGGACCUGUAAGGUGUGGAACCUGGUGACGGGUCAGGAGAUAAUGUCCCUAGCCGGUCACCCCAACAACGUGGUGUCAGUCCGCUACAGCUCCAGUUUGGUCUUCACUGUCUCAACCUCCUACAUCAAAGUGUGGGACAUCCGGGACUCGGCCAAGUGCAUCCGAACUCUAACGUCCUCUGGUCAGGUUAAUGUUGGGGACAUCUGUGCAUCUAGCACCAGCCGAACUGUCGCCAUCCCAGCAGGAGAGAAUCAGAUCAACCAGAUCGCUCUCAACCCCAACGGGACGGUUCUGUACGCCGCCGCUGGAAACUCAGUCCGAGUCUGGGAUCUAAGGAGAUUUGCCUCCACUGGGAAACUUACUGGUCACCUCGGCCCAGUAAUGUGUCUGACUGUGGAUCAGUCCGGAAACAACCAAGACCUGGUGAUCACCGGGUCCAAGGACCAUUACGUUAAGCUGUUUGACGUGACUGAGGGCUCUCUGGGGAGCAUCAGCCCCACACACAACUUUGAACCGCCACAUUACGACGGUAUCGAGUCUCUGGUGGUGCAGGGGGACAUGUUCUUCAGCGGCUCCCGAGACAACGGCAUCAAGAAGUGGGACCUGGACCGCAAAGACCUGCUGCAGCAAGUCCCUAACGCUCACCGUGACUGGGUGUGUGCACUGGGCGUCGUCCCCGGCUCCCCUGCCCUGCUCAGCGGCUGCAGAGGUGGGGUGCUCAAGCUGUGGCACACGGACACACUGGGGACCCUCGGGGAGCUCAAGGGUCACGAGAGCCCCAUCAACGGAAUUUCUACCAACAGCAGCCACCUGUUCACCGCCUCAGAUGACCGGACCGUGAAGAUCUGGCGUGCUCGCGGUGGACUAGACAGCACCUUAGAGACGGUUGACAAUGCAGACGAGGUGGCGAGUAACUGAACGCAGCGCCACCCGCUGGGUUUGACUCUGGAAGGACAUUAACAGCAUCCUUUGAUGCUGCUUCCCUGCACUUUGACCCCUACCCUCUGACGCCCAACGCUCACUCCUGAGAGACACACACACACACACACACAUACACACACCGUCAUUGCCAUGUAACCUGCGCCAAGAGGAAACGCUAAAGUAACGUUGUCUCAAGAGUAACUAACACAAUAACUGUUUUGUUAGACUCUGUACUCUCAGAGGCUCCUGCUAAUCAGACUUAGGUCACUGUAUUGUUAAUGAAUCUUUUCUCUCUCUGUUGCGCUGUAGGCAGUUCUUCACCCUGAACCUUGAGAGGAACUUGAACUCACAAGACGAUUAUUUAACACUCAGAAAACAUCUCUGCAGCUCAGCAUAUAUUCAGCGUUGUGCCAGGAAACAAUGCAUCCACAGACACACAAUUACCCAGGGGAAGGGUAGCAGUGUGUGUGGUUAGAUUAGAUAAAAUAUACAGGAAGUUGAGUGUUAGAGGAGAAAAAGGUGGCAGAGCUAACAGGUUGGUAGCUGGUCUUCACAACCCAGUUCUCCAGUUUCUUGGGAUUGUUUCUCUGCAAUUGAAGCAGAACCAAUGUCCCCGCGCUCCUUUUCCCAAUGAACAAAAGUGGCUUUACUGUAUGUGAAUAAGACAAAUCACCCUUCACCCUUAACUCCCCUCUCCUGCUUUUGUGCUCUUCUCUUUUUCAAUUUCUGCAGCUGCUUCAGAUCAGCAACCAAAAUUGUGCGACUCGUUGUCUUUGCUGUCCUGCACCGCACUCGUGAACAGAUCACAUGUCACGGCAACACUCCCACUUCACACAAGAGUUUGACAUUUUGUGAAAUGAGAUUAUUUGUUUUCUUGCUGAGAGUUAGAGGAGAAGAUUGAUACAUGUCAUGGGUCAUUAUGUUAAAUGUAAGCUAUAGCCUUAGCUUAGCAUAAAGCCUGGAAACAUGGAGAAACAGCUAGCGCUAAAAUUUGCGUACCAGCACUUCUGAAUCAAUGACUUACACAUUAUGUCUUGUUUGUUUAAUCUGUACAAAUGUGUUAAAGUGUAAAAUGACAGUUUGUGGUUUUACAAUAACUAUUUUUUAGCCAGGCUCAGUAACUUUCUUUUCCUGCUCCAUUUUUACACUUUGGAUUUUGUUGGAUUAAACGAACAAGAUGUAAUAACAGUCAGUGACCUUUGGCGGUGCCGUUACCUGUUUCCAUUGCUUAUGCUAAGCUAAGACAACUAGCUGUAGCUUCAUGUUCACUGUUUAGACAUGAUAGUGGUAUUGAUUUUCUCUUCUAACUCUGUGGAAGAAAACAAAUAAAAGUAUUUCCCAAAAUGUCAAACUAUUCCUUUAACUUUUGAGCACUUGUGAAAAUAGACCUAAUAAGUGUUUGACGUAAACUUAAUCUUUCUUAAAUAUGAGCAGGUUCAGCGUUCGAGGAUCUUCUACACUUGUUGUCCAUGUUUCAUCGUGUGUAAAAAAUGUGUGUUCACUCCUCACACGUUGCUAUUAACGCUCACAUGAACCUACACUGCUGAGUUGUCGUCUAACUUCCACGCUGCUAAGUCGUGUGCUCACCUUCUUCCACCCUAUAAGAGGGCUUCGAGUCGUGGACUCCGGGUGAGGUCCGCUCGGUACCGUAGCAUUGUGUAUGUGUAUAUAUGUAAUAGUAUUUUUUUUUGAUUGUUUUUUUGAGAGGAGAGUCCUUCAGACUCUGCCCGAUUUGUGAGCCUAACCACGUCGACUGAUGUCUGUCUCCCAGUUCUGAUCCUUGUGGGGCCUUCCUGGAGACUCUCGUGGUCUCCCUGAUGUAACUGAUCUGUUUGUCACGAUUGUGUGCUGUCACUUUUGAAUGUUCAGUGAAACAGCAGCUGUAGGCGUUAUUCAAAUACAUAUCUAAUGUAUGUAAACAAUGUAUUUAAAAGAAAAAAAAAAAAAACCUGACUGAAUGUUAGUUUUGUGGGACCACCGGUCUGAACGCGGUCUCAUGCCGACAGGACCAGAAUUGGCAGGAAGACUGAUGAGCGGCAUCAAUAAUGCCAAGAAUAGAGCUUUUCCUCCAGUGAGGUGGCGAGUUGUGUUUAGUGGCCUAUGGUUAGUUUUUCUUUUUCUUCUUUUCGUUUGUUAUGCUGUCCCUGUUACACACAUCCUGGGCGUUCCCCUCUGGAGUUUUAGUUGCCAUCCCCACAUGGCAGACUCUGUAGCGAUUCUAAUGUCAGAUGCCUGGUGAGAAUA